UGUGUGUUUUGUGCGUUUGGGCGUCUCUGUGUCUGUCAGUGUGGUGAGAGAGAGAGAGAGAGAGAGAGAGAUGGGAGGGACCCGAGGGAGAGACUGUUGUUACAGGGAGGUGGUUCCAUUUUCAGCUGUGUUCACUGUGGGCAGCAUCACAGUGGGCAUGAACACAAUGUUCAAAGCGGCCAACUCGAGAGGGAUGAGCUACCAUGUGUUCCUCGUCUAUUCUUAUGCCAUCGCUGCUCUUCUUCUUCUUCCUGCUCCUUUCUUCUCUCUCAAAUCAAGAACGCUUCCACCUCUCAGCUUGGCCAUAGCUGCCAAACUUGGCCUUCUUGGGCUCGUAGGGGGUUUGUCACAGAUUUUGGGCUAUGCUGGGAUUAGCAUGAGUUCUCCAACUCUGGGUUCAGCCAUCAGCAACCUCACUCCGGCUCUCACUUUCAUAUGUGCCUUCCUUUUCAGGAUGGAGAAGGUGUCAAUAAACAGAAGAAGCAGUCAGGCCAAGAUCAUCGGGACCGUACUGUCAAUUUUCGGGGCAUCUGUCAUUACUCUCUAUAAAGGUCCCCCUAUGUUCACUCCGAAACCUUCUCUCCCGCUUUAUCCACUUGUGCACGCAUCGAACUCGAACUGGGUUGUUGGGGGGAUUCUCCUCACUGGUGAAUAUAUUUUGGUCACUUUGUGGAUUAUUCUUCUGACACAGAUAAUGAAGGAUUAUCCGGCAGAACUGACCAUCCUCUUCUUUUACAAUGUAAUUGUGAGCUUCAUGAACACCAUUUUCUGUAUAGUAAUGGAACAUGAUAUGAGUGCCUGGAGAGUGCAGGGUAUAGGACUGGCCUCGGUUACAUGCUCGGGCCUUUUUGAACGAUGCUUAAACAACAUCAUUGGCAUGUGGGCAAUCCGGUUGAAAGGCCCUUUCUACGUCACGAUGUUCCAGCUGUUGUCGAUUCCCGUGGCUGUCGCGAUGGGUGUCUUAUUUCUUGGCGACACACUUCAUGUUGGAAGCCUUAUAGGAGCGACCAUACUGUCCAUUGGGUUCUAUAUUGUAAUGUGGGGGAAGGCAAAAGAGGAAAUGGUUGAUGAGUCUGUAGAGAGUCAGAUGGAAUCACCGUCGUUUCAAAAAGUUCCUCUACUGCGAUGACCGGCAAGACAAAUGAAGUCAGAACAAAUUCUGCAAGUGGAUUGCAAGAUAGUUGCUGCUUGGAAACUUUGUGAAAAGGAUUCCUCACCCUCAGUAAGGCUGCACAAAUAGGUCUGGUUAUCGUACUUAUAUUGAUUUGAGUCCAAAGAGGUCAUAUCAUGACCCAUCAAUUCCAAAAUUCGGAUUGCUUGAUCAAACCAUUGAGAGGUGUGGAUGAAGGGCGUCACUCCAAGUACACAACCAAGUAGUGACGUGCAAGAAUAAUAAGUCUCUUGCUUCCGGUAUAGUCCAUUUUGAUGUGUACAAGUCUGUAGUCAGUAGUUACAGAAUCCGUCUCUUGCUUCCAGUAUAGUCCAUUUUGAUGUGUACAAGUCUGUAGUCAGUAGUUACAGAAUCCGUUUCUUUUUAUUGGAAUAAA